AUGGGCUUCGGAGACCUCAAGAGCGCGUCCGGCCUGCAGGUGCUCAACAGCUACCUGGCGGACAGGAGCUACAUCGAGGGGUACGUGCCAUCCCAAGCAGACGUGGCAGUGUUCGAGGCAGUCUCCGGCCCGCCGCCCGCCGACCUGUGCCAUGCCCUUCGCUGGUACAACCACAUCAAGUCCUACGAGAAGGAGAAGGCCAGCCUGCCCGGAGUGAAGAAAGCUUUGGGCAAGUAUGGUCCUGCUAAUGUGGAAGACACCACCGGAAGCGGGGCUGCCGACAGUAAAGACGAUGAUGACGACAUUGACCUCUUCGGGUCUGACGACGAGGAGGAAAGCGAAGAAGCAAAGAGGCUAAGAGAAGAACGCCUUGCACAGUAUGAAUCAAAGAAAGCCAAAAAACCUGCACUUGUUGCGAAGUCUUCCAUCUUAUUAGAUGUGAAGCCUUGGGAUGAUGAGACAGAUAUGGCAAAAUUAGAGGAAUGUGUCAGAAGCAUUCAAGCAGAUGGCUUGGUCUGGGGCUCUUCUAAACUGGUUCCAGUGGGGUAUGGAAUUAAAAAGCUUCAAAUACAGUGUGUAGUGGAAGACGAUAAAGUUGGAACAGACAUGCUGGAGGAGCAGAUCACUGCUUUUGAGGACUAUGUGCAGUCCAUGGACGUGGCUGCUUUCAACAAGAUCUAA